UUGGCUAGAGUGGACGAGAACCGAGCUCUGAUUGGCUGCGGAGGACAGGGGGCGUGGCCCGAACGCGCGCGGGGGAGCCGGCGGGGCUGACUGGCCUGCUUGCCUCGGCGAGCCAGCCAGAGCCCAGAGGCGAGCGACGCGGGAGCCCUGUCUAAGGUGUUUCUCCAGCGCUCGGCCGCCGCCGCCGCCGCGAUCCGCUGCUCCAGCCUCGCUCCUCUCCCCUCCCUCCGCUCUCCGGCUCUCCCACCUGGGGUCUCGGGGCGGGGAGCGGAGGGAAGGGACGGCGGAGGAGGAGGAAGAAGAGGCUCCCGCACUAUGCAGGCGGCCUGGCGGCCCCCGAGAUGGCGAGCCGGCCGGCCGUGAGGCACCGUCUCCGCGUCUGGGCCGCGGCCUCCUCCUCCUCCUCCUCCUCUUUCCCCAUGCCUCAGUUGCUCCUGCUGUUGCUCAUCCUGCUCCUGCUGCUCGAGGACGCCGGAGCACAGCAAGGUGAUGGAUGUGGACAUACUGUACUAGGCCCUGAAAGUGGAACUCUCUCGUCCAUCAACUACCCACAGACCUAUCCCAACAGCACCGUUUGUGAAUGGGAAAUCCGUGUAAAGAUGGGAGAAAGAGUGCACAUCAAAUUUGGUGACUUUGACAUUGAAGAUUUGGAUUCUUGUCACUUUAAUUAUUUGAGAAUUUAUAAUGGAAUUGGAGUUAGCAGAACUGAAAUAGGCAAAUACUGUGGUCUGGGACUGCAAAUGAACCAUUCAAUUGAAUCGAAAAGCAACGAAAUCACAGUGCUGUUCAUGAGUGGAAUCCAUGUUUCUGGAAGAGGAUUUUUGGCCUCAUACUCAGUUAUAGAUAAGCAAGAUCUGAUUACUUGUUUGGAUACUGCAUCCAAUUUUUUGGAACCUGAGUUCAGUAAGUACUGCCCAUCUGGUUGCCUCCUUCCCUUUGCAGAGAUAUCUGGAACAAUCCCUCAUGGAUAUAGAGAUUCUUCUCCAUUGUGUAUGGCUGGUGUGCAUGCUGGAGUAGUGUCAAACACUUUAGGUGGCCAGAUCAGUGUUGUCAUUAGUAAAGGAAUUCCAUACUACGAAAGUUCACUAGCCAACAAUGUCACAUCUGUCGUGGGACACUUAUCUACAAGUCUUUUUACAUUUAAGACAAGUGGUUGUUAUGGAACACUGGGGAUGGAAUCAGGUGUGAUUGCCGAUCCUCAGAUAACGGCAUCGUCUGUGCUGGAGUGGACUGACCACAUGGGACAGGAAAACAUCUGGAAACCAGAGAAGGCCAGGCUGAGAAAACCUGGACCUCCUUGGGCAGCUUUUGCCACUGAUGAAUAUCAGUGGUUACAGAUAGAUCUAAAUAAGGAGAAGAAGAUAACAGGUAUUAUAACCACUGGCUCCACUAUGGUGGAGCAUAAUUACUAUGUGUCAGCAUACAGGAUUCUAUACAGUGAUGAUGGGCAAAAAUGGACUGUGUACAGAGAGCCUGGUGUGGAGCAGGACAAGAUAUUUCAAGGAAACAAAGACUAUCACCAGGAUGUCCGUAAUAACUUUUUGCCACCAAUUGUUGCACGUUUUAUUAGAGUGAAUCCUACCCAAUGGCAGCAGAAAAUUGCCAUGAAAAUGGAACUGCUUGGAUGUCAGUUUAUUCCCAAAGGUCGUCCUCCAAAACUUACUCAACCCACACCCCCUCGGAACAGCAAUGACCUCAGAAACACAACAGCACCUCCCCAAAUAGCCAAAGGUCGUGCCCCCAAAUUGACUCAACCACUACAACCUCGCAGUCGCAACGACUUUUCUGUACACACAGAACAAACAACUGCUGCUCCCGAUAUUAAAAAUACUACCGUGACUCCAAAUGUAACCAAAGAUGUAGCCCUGGCAGCAGUUCUUGUUCCUGUGCUUGUCAUGGUCCUCACCACUCUCAUUCUUCUAUUAGUAUGUGCUUGGCAUUGGAGAAACAGAAAGAAAAAAACGGAAGGCACAUAUGAUUUACCAUACUGGGACCGAGCAGGUUGGUGGAAAGGAAUGAAGCAAUUCCUCCCCGCCAAAUCAGUGGAGCAUGAGGAAACGCCAGUUCGCUACAGCAGUAGUGAAGUUAAUAACUUGAGUCCCAGAGAAGUCACUUCAAUGCUGCAAACGGACUCUGCAGAGUAUGCACAGCCACUUGUGGGAGGCACCUUUCACCAGCGAUCUACCUUUAAACCAGAAGAAGGCAAAGAAGCAGGUUAUGCCGACCUGGAUCCAUACAACUCCCCAGCACGAGAUGUCUAUCAUGCCUAUGCUGAACCACUCCCAAUCACUGGGCCCGAGUAUGCAACCCCAAUCGUCAUGGAUAUGUCAGGACACCCCACAGCUUCAGUUGGUCUGCCCGCAACGUCCACUUUCAAAGCUACAGGGAACCAAGCUCCCCCUUUAGUGGGAACAUACAAUACUCUUCUUUCCAGGACUGAUAGCUGCUCCUCCACCCAGGCCCAGUAUGAUACCCCAAAGGGUGGGAAGCAGGGUCUGAGUGCCCCAGAUGAACUGGUGUACCAGGUGCCACAAAGCACACAGGAGGUAUCAGGAGCAGGGAGGGAUGAUGGAAAUGAUGUCUUUAAAGAAAUUCUUUGAAGGUGAUGCUGCUUUUUAAAAAGCAUCAUGUGAAGCACAUGCCUUGUUUUUUUGGGGGGGCAGGGAUGGAUAAUAGUGGGUAGUAAUAUAUAAAUGUAUUAUAUUUCUGUCACAGAUAUGGUUGGGAAGUUGUGUUGACCGAGGUACAGGAAACUACUAAUCUUGCCAUCUUCCUUUUAAAAGUGUUAUUGUGGCAGUUACUGCUUGCCUGUUAAAAUUUGAACAUCCUGUUUGUUACUACUGUAAGACAUUUUUUAAUACAGAAAAAGCACCCUUCUAUGCACUUCAAAAAAAUUCAAAAUCACUGAGAGUAUUUAUUACCAAUGCUGCAGGUACAUUAAUGAACUCGAGAGAUGGCUCUGUAAGCCUAACUGGCAAUAAUGCAUGGUACUGUUCUCAAAAUAUCUAAUGGCUUGAAAUUCUGCUCUUUGUGAAAGGUGAGUACUGUCAUGAUUUUCUCCUCUUCUUAGAUUGCCUUGUGUAUUUUUAAAAUAAUAAUAAUGUAUGCAAUCAUUGUUUUUAUUGCAUCACUUACACUUGUCUUAGGAAGCUCGAUAGCUGGGAAACUGACAUGUAAUGAGCAGAAUGAUUUUUUUCACUUUUCAACAUUUGAGAGCUUUAAUACUUUAUGGUACGUGACCUUGUCUUAUCUCUGCUUGUUCCUAUGGGAACCCUUGGCAAGCCCCAUUCUUGUGCUUAUAAAAUGUUUGUUAUGAGGUUGUUUUUUUUUUUAAAGUAGUUUAUCACCUUUAAAUGCUUGCUUUAUCCAUUUUAUGAAUUUAGAUCCUGUCUUUAAGUGUUUUCUCUAGGAGGAAACAGGAAGUUUUAAAAUUCAGUUAUAUAGAAGAUUUUUCUCCCUCUCUACAACUUUAUUUACAAUAGGAACUUAGAUUGAUGAGAAGUUGAGUGCUUCAAAGUGAACACAUGACCCACUUGUUUAUCGCAGUUGAAAGCAGAAUCAUUCAAGUCAUAAAUGUGUCAAAAAAAAUAGCCAUGAUAGGCCAGGUAUUAUAGGAUGGCAGUUAGGUUCUCAGCAACAACUGGCUUCCAGGUAUCACCAGGCUUGAGGGCUCUAGCACUGUACCACUGGUCUGAUAGGCCAACUAUCACUCCCAGACACUGAGCACCUCUGAGAAAGUCCCUC